CUAAAACAGACCCGGCAAAAUGGACGAUAUAGCACUUCGAGCGUCCGAUCAUGUUUUAGAAGUGAUAUUCUCGUAUCUGGACCUGCACACGCUGAGAAACUGCUCGCUAGUGUGCAAGCGGUGGUACCGGUUUCUAAACGACGAGAACAACGACGUGUGGCGAAUGCACUGUAUAAGAAAAUUGGCGCAGGAAGCGCUCAGUUCCGAUUUGUUGUCGUCGGUGCCUACGUACAAGUCUAAACUGCGUGCGUUUUAUCACGCGUGGAAUCCAAACGACUGCUCGCGAAAUAUUUAUAUUAAACCCAACGGAUUCACGUUGCACAGAAAUCCUGUAGCACAGAGUACAGAUGCGUGUAGAGGUAAGAUAGGAUUCAGACACGGACGUCACGCUUGGGAAGUUAUUUGGGAAGGACCUUUAGGAACAGUAGCGGUAAUAGGAAUAGCAACUAAGGAAGCACCUCUCUUGUGCCAUGGAUAUGUAGCUUUACUAGGCUCCGAUGAACAUUCCUGGGGCUGGAAUCUUGUAGAUAAUCAUUUGUUGCAUAACGGAGAUGCGCAGGGAAAUUAUCCUUUACUUAACAAUGCUCCAAAAUAUCAGGUUGGGGAGAGAAUUAGAGUAAUUUUAGAUUGUGAUGAUAAUACAUUGUCUUUCGAGAAGAAUUAUGAAUUUCUGGGCGUAGCUUUCAGAGGAUUACCAGAUAAGAGAUUAUAUCCAUCGGUAUCUGCUGUUUAUGGAAAUACCGAGGUGUCCAUGGUGUACUUAGGACCACCAUUGGAUGGCUAACACACAUUACGUUUGAAAAAAAAAAACACAUAUCCUCAAAAGAGCUCAUUUGAGGCUGUACAAUGCAUUCUUAAUGCCAAGUUUUCUGUGCACUGUACCGAUAUUGUCUACGUUUAAGUAGAGCGAGCACACGGCGGCAAAUUGUACAAUAUUCUUUACAGAGAAAUGUGUGCCUGCUAGAUUACUUGGUCAAUAAUAUAUUGUAAAUAAUAGGCAUUUUUUUUAAACCGAUAAACUUUAUCAUCCGAUAUAUACGUAUCGUUUUUUUUUUUUUUUUUUCCCUCAGUUCAAAUUGAUCUAUUUUUAUUAAUGUAACUGCACGUAUGAAGGUUUUACGUGAUAUUAGUUUUAAGUAAUAGUACGUGAAAAAUAUUUCUUUUUUAUUAAUUUUUAUUAUUUUGUUGGAAGACGCAACGCCACAUCGUAUGAUGUCGAAUAUAGUAAUGUUUGUCACAUACCUUUAAUAUAUAUUUCCGUGCAGUAUUAUUUAUUAUCUGUUAUAAUUUUUUUAUAUAUAUCAAACACGCGCGAUAUUUUAGGUAAAAUAAUUUAACAAUUUGACUUCCUGUUUUUUUUUAAUCCACUUUCUCUUGUAACAUAUUUGCGUAUUGAGCUCAGGACAUUGCGUUGUAAUUUGUUUAUUGUUAAGAACAUAUUAGAAACACGAAAAUGAACGUUUAUAUAUAUAUAUAUAUAUUCUUCCAAAGAAUGCUCAUGUUUGUUUUUUAUAUAUUGUGAAUAUUGUUAGCGAAAGCAGCACGAUCAAAUAUGUUUGCUUUUAUUAUAAAGCUUACAACACUUGCCUCUAUCUUUCUAAUUUAUUACAAUUGUGUGUACAAAGAUCUAAUAUAUAGAAGUUUUACGACUAAUUAUAUUAUUUUCUGUUUAUAUUACAACACUAAACCAAAAAAUGGCUUUUAGAAAAUAAUUCGUCACAUAAUAUAGUAUACAGGGUGGUCUCACUUAAUGUGUUCAUUUAGUAACGACAUUAUUUUUUGUACACAAGAACAAAGAAAUCGCGAAAACAAUUAUACAAUAUAAAAAAAAAAAAAAAAAAAAAAUCAAAUAACAAGUUCUGUCAAGGCCUCAUUCAGUAGGCACACUAAAAAUUGCUAAAACUUAUUCGUCCUAAACAACAACAAAAAACUAGACUAGCAGUUCCAUUGUUUGUUCGUCAAAUAAAUACGGAAUAUUUACAAAAACGCACGUAAUAAUAUUUUACUAACACUUUCUCUUUGAGAGAGAUAUGCGGAGAGAAAGAAAGCAGUUAAUAAUUAUUAAAAACAUUGCUCCAAAGCAAUGUAUUGUUUAUCUUUGUAUUUUAAACAUUACAUGUCGCGUCACAGUAUGAUCUCGUUUAAACUCUAAGUCAUCGGUAUACUUAGGCUCUACAUUGCCGGUUAAAUACCAAUAUCAUUUUAAUAUCUCGUAUAUAUGUGUAAUAAAUUUACACACACAUAUAUAUGUAUAUAUAUUUAUUUAUAUGUUUUAAACCACUAUUGUGGAUAAAUAAGUGCACAAAGAAUACACUGCAUAAAAAUUCAAAAAGCUAUCGUUUUCAUUAGUGAAUUUUUACGUUGAUUGCAAAUAUAUAUAUAUAUAUAUAUACAUAUAAAUACGAGAGAUUGUAUAUUACAAUCUGUUAAAAAUCUAUUUAUAAAUAAAAAAUGCUGUUUUUAAGAUUGAAAACCGACAAUUAGAGAUGGCGAAUUAGAUCGGAGUAAAGAUGAUUAUUUAUAAAUGUACAUAUUUAUUAUGAUGAUUGCGUUUUUUGCUGUAGUGUUCGUGUGAAUUAGUUUUUCUAAACUUUUGUACAGAAUCGUGUACAUAGUGAUUAUAAAUAUUUGGGAAAUAAACUUUAUUUCAUACGUAUGUAUGUACAUGUACUAUGUACGUAUUUGUCCUGUGUAAAGUCACAACCUUUAUUUAACGUCUUCAGAUAUAUCUCAUUAUGUAUAUGCAUUUUUUGUUCUUGUGAAUAAUCGAUCAUUCUAUUGGUAUGUCAAAGAUGAGAGGUUUAACCAUAUUUGGACGACUCUCUUUUAUUUUAUUCAAAAUUUUACAAUGUACUCACAAUUCGAACGCUAAGUGACGGUAACAACGUACCUGUUUCAAAUAUCCGAAUAAUUGAGUAUGGCGGUCUCUUGAAUAAAAUUAUCAUUAUGGCACCAAAAUUAAAAUUAAUAACAUUUGUCCUCUUAUAAAUAAUGUAUACUAAAAUUAGUAAGUAAUGUUAAGUACGUAUUGAAAAUAAUGUUAAAACACCUUUUGCACCUGCUCGAGUCUAAUCGAGCGCGAAGAAAUCUUUCCUGAAUACACAAAAAAGACCAAAGUGCGAACAUUAUUACUCAAUACCUUACUAUUCUCUAGACCAGGAUAAGAAUUACGUUGGCGAAGAGAUAAUAUCAUAUCGUGACAAGAAAAAUGUUAUUGCAAUUACGUUCUUAUUGCACAAAUUCUUACGAAGCUCCCCGAAAACGUAAGAGAAAAACUUGAGAAUUAUUAAAUCAUGAUAUAAACUUUUCGAGUCUUCUGCACAAAAUCUUUUUUUUUGUGUUUUUUUUUUUUUUUUUUUUAUUCGAAUACAAGUAAUUCAGCUUGAGAAAUGUAAAGUGCAGUAUGCAAGUGUCAGAGCGUUGAUUUACUUACUCGAUCUCAUUAUUUACAAAUCGUUCGUUCUAGUAAGAAGAAAUCUCUAAUUUGUACAAUAUGUAUAAAGGCAGCGCGCGAAGUACAGUGACCGACAUUAACACCUUCGCAUUUGCUACGCACAUUUCAGAAACACUCAAUAUGGCAGAAAAUAUUGAGUAACACGAGAUUCUGACAAAUGUGAAGGCGUUGUUGUUGUCUUUGUACGUGUGAUACAUGAAACAGUGCACGAUUUACAUGUUACGACGUAUAUAUUGCACAAGCCAGACAUUCCAUACAAUACUAUCGGUAAACUAUAAAUGAGGCUAAACCUGACGGAAAAAAAUUUAUUCAAUAAGGGAAUGUUAUUCAACAACUCGAGUUCACUGAAUGUACAUGUGUAUAAUCUACAUCGUAUAUAAGCUGAUCGUAUACUUUCGAAGCGGUACGAAUUAUACAAACAACGAAACUGCAAAAAAAACAACAAAAAACUUACGUUAUCGCGCAUUAAAAAAAUAUUAUUUAACUCUUAGACUUAUACUAUACGACUGUGCCUACGUAUGAUAGCAGGAGAGAGAGAGGCAUUAAAAUUUAUUUUUUAAUAACAGACACAAACAUACAUAUAGUUCUGGAUUUUAAAAGAAUACUAUUGACGGUUGUAAAUAUAAAUAAUCGGCGUAACAAUACUAUGAAAAUACAUUUAUAACUCAUAAACAUAUAUAUGUAUAUAUAAGAUCAAAUAAAACGUGCGAUACUAAAAAAUAUAUGUAUGUACAUAUCCAAAUAUAUAUCACCACACUAUACAUCACAACUUUUCUCACUUUACUGUUGUGUUUAUAAUAUUUUAUAAUUGUAUAUUAAAUACGAUUUAAACGAUUAUUUGUAAAAAUGAAAUAAAAAUUAAAAGUGGAGAGAGCUGUCUGCAUGUAAACAAUAUGUCUAAAUAAAUAAAUCUUACGAUUGCACGUAAAACUUAAAACAAAAAUUAAAA